UGCUAGGCGUCCUCUUUAUUGUGCAAUAACGAAACUUCCUUAGACAAACAGCACUUAGAGCUGAACUGUGGACUUUUCACUGUGUUGAAAGAGGAACUUCAGCGUCUAUAAACCCGAGUGAGUCUGACUGAAGCCGCAGAAGAAACCCGUCAUCUGCAUCUCGCUUUGAAACAUGGAAAUGAAACACGUCGUCGUUUUGCUGGCUGUGCUGUGUGUGUGUGACGGCGUUAAGUUCGGACAGCUCUGCAGCGGGAACUCUAACAACCGCAGGAGGACAUCGGACAAAUGGGGACAGGGACACUACGGAGCCAGACGGGGGGACAGGGUACACAAAGGUCUGGACAUCGUGUGUCAAGACGGAUCGGUCGUCUACGCUCCGUUUGACGUGACUCUCAAUGGAAAGGUCAUCGUCUACACCGACCCCAAGAAGAAGGCCAUCAACAACGGGAUCAACCUGAGCGGAGAAAAUCUGUGCUUCAAGUUGUUCUACGUUAAGCCCGACCAAACCUCCGGGACGGUGAAGAAGGGCGAGCGGCUCGGCGUCAUGCUGCCCAUGCAGAGCGUUUACCCCGGGAUCACCUCGCACAUCCACGUCCAGAUGUGCAACAAGAGCGACCCCACGCGGUACUUCAGUUAACCCUUUAAAACCUCAGCAAAUUGUUUUGUUUCUUUAAAAAAAAAAAAAAGAGGGGGGUGGGCAAUGAGCAA